CACCCAGCUUGCUUUGCCUUUGGUUGGGUGCAACUUCCAUUUUAGGUGUUGGAGCUGAGCAAGGGGGGGGGGGGAGAGGUGAAAAAAAGCGAGAGAAAGGUCCCGCAGGAAAAGGAGGUGGAGGAAAAGAUCGCUGCAGCGCUCCUCUGUUUUUCGUCGUCUUUUGUGUGUGUGUAUGGUGGCGUUUUUUUUUAUAUCUCCCUUAGAGAUUUUAUUCUUGGAUUCUUUAAUGCUUUGUUAGGAAACUGCACGCUUGGGGUUUUUUUUCCUCCCUUGCAUUUCCAGCGGGACAAAAAGGCGUCUAGUCCCGUGCAGAGUCUAUAAGAAGUUGUCAACUUGAAUGAUUAUAGGAAGAAUUUGAGGAGCAGUUGGGUCGGCGACUCUCUACUUAUAACAAACAAGUCAGCCGAAAUCCUGCCUUUGCCCCUCUUAUUAAGCCUUCAAAGGGGACAACUAAAACUUGCUUAGUUAGCAUUCGCGAAAGGGGCUGCGCGAUUCCCGAAGGGGAGAGGGCAAAAAAAAAACUACAAAGCCUUUUCCCUCCUGCUUCCUUGCUGUUGGUGGCUGGGCUGCUUCUUCCAUGAUUUUCUGCACUUAAACCAGGCUGUGCCUUAGCCAAUCAGUUCAGACCGGCCUUCCUUUACAGUGAGGGGCUCCUUCUCCCCUCCAGCCCCCUUUCUGUGUGACGUCAGUUCCCUCACACCCCGUGGCAUCUUCCUGCCUUGCACCCACCCUCCCCCCGUGCGGGGCCUUCACAACCAUGGAUGACUCGGACGUGGAGUCGACUGCCAGUAUACUUGCCUCCGUGAAAGAGCAGGAGGCACAGUUUGAGAAGCUAACACGGGCGCUGGAGGAAGAACGGCGCCAUGUCUCUGCACAGCUGGAGCGCGUCCGUGUCUCCCCACAGGACGCCAGCCAAACCAUGGCCAACGGCACCCUCACCCGCCGGCACCAGAACGGCCGUUUCUUGGGCAAUGCUGACCUGGAGAGGCAGAAAUUCUCUGAACUGAAACUCAACGGACCACAGGACCACAGUCACCUCAUAUACAGCACCAUUCCCAGGAUGCAGGACCCAGGGCAGAUUGUGGAAGAGACCUACACCAUGGAGGAGGAUCCUGAGGGUGCUAUGUCAGUUAUUUCAGUAGAGACCUCUGAUGAUGGAAAAACUCGCCGCACAGAGACCACAGUGAAGAAGGUAGUGAAGACCAUGACCACACGCACAGUACAGCAAGUUCCUGUUGGUCCGGAUGGGUUACCUGUGGAUGGCUCUCCAGUUACCAACAACUACAUUCAGACCAUGGAUAGGAACUUCAGGAAAAACACCAAUGGUGGCCCUGGUGCCUACAUGAGCCAACCAGGAACAGCUACCCUCCCACGAAAUUACCACUACCCAGAUGGUUAUGGCCGCCCAUAUGAGGACAGCUACCAUGGCAGCGAACACAACUACGGCAGCCUGUCCCGUGUGACCCGCAUUGAUGAGCGCUAUCGUCCCUCCAUGGAUGGUUACCGGGCCCCAAGCCGGCAGGAUGUCUAUGGGCCUCAGCCACAGGUGCGGGUAGGGGGAAGCAACAUGGACUUGAACCGCUUCCAUGCAGAGCCUUACGGGUUGGAGGAUGACCAGCGCAGCAUGGGAUAUGAUGACCUGGAUUAUGGCACAAUGCCAGACUAUGGUACUGCCAGGCGGACUGGGACUCCCUCUGACCCCCGUCAGAGACUCAGAAGUUAUGAAGACAUGUUGGCAGAUGACUUGGCUAGAGACCAGUAUUACUGGGCCCCGCUGGCCCAACAUGAGAGGGGCAGCUUAGCCAGCAUGGAUAGCCUGCAGAAAGGAGGUCCGCUCCCAGCCAACUGGCGCCAGCCUGAGCUUCCCGAGGUGAUCGCUAUGCUGGGCUUCCGCCUGGAUGCCGUGAAAUCCAACGCCGCAGCCUACCUGCAACACUUGUGCUACCGUAACGACAAGGUGAAAACGGAGGUGCGCAAGCUGAAAGGCAUUCCUGUACUGGUGGGGCUGCUGGACCACCCCAAGAAGGAGGUGCACUACGGAGCAUGCGGGGCCCUCAAGAACAUCUCCUAUGGCAGGGACCAGGACAACAAAAUUGCCAUCAAGAACUGUGAUGGCGUCCCCGCUCUGGUACGGCUGCUGCGUAAAGCCCGUGACAUGGACCUCACUGAAGUCAUCACAGGGACACUGUGGAACCUUUCCUCUCAUGACUCAAUAAAAAUGGCCAUUGUGGAUAAUGCCUUGCAUACCCUCACAGAUGAGGUUAUCAUUCCACAUUCUGGAUGGGAGAGGGAGCCCAGUGAGGACUCAAAACCCCGCCACAUAGAGUGGGAGUCGGUGCUCACCAAUACCAUUGGCUGCCUUAGAAAUGUCAGCUCAGAGAGGAGUGAAGCCCGCCGAAAGCUGCGAGAGUGUGACGGGCUAGUGGAUGCCCUUAUCUACAUUGUCCAAGCAGAAAUUGGCCAGAAAGAUUUAGACAGCAAGCUUGUGGAAAACUGUGUCUGCCUCCUGAGAAACCUGUCCUACCAAGUGCAUCGUGAGGUCCCACAUGCAGAGCGUUAUCAGGAAGCACCCCUCAAUGCUGCCAACAACACUGGCCCCCAUGCAGCCAGCUGCUUUGGUGCCAAAAAAGGCAAAGACGAGUGGUUCUCGAAAGGUAAAAAACCUACAGAGGAUCCUUCUACUGAUAUUGUGGACUUCCCAAAAAGACAAACCCCUGCGAAAGGUUAUGAACUCCUCUUCCAGCCAGAAAUUGUCUGCAUAUAUAUCUCACUGUUGAAGGAGAGCAAAACCCAGGCUAUCUUAGAAGCUUCAGCAGGAGCCAUCCAGAACUUGUGUGCUGGCCGCUGGACGUACGGUCGGUACAUCCGCUCUGCGUUGCGCCAGGAGAAAGGUCUCUCUGCCAUCGCUGACCUUCUGACCCACGAUAGCGAACGUGUGGUGAAAGCUGCAUCCGGAGCUCUGCGCAACCUGGCAGUGGAUUCCCGUAACAAAGAGCUGAUUGGCAAGCAUGCCAUCCCCAGCUUAGUGAAGAAUUUGCCUGGGGGACAGCAAACGCCCGCUAAGAACCUCUCUGAAGAUACUGUGGUCUCCUUGCUGAAUACCAUAAAUGAGGUUAUUGUGGAUAACUUGGAAGCAGCAAAGAAACUGCGGGAGACGCAGGGCAUUGAGAAACUGGUGCUGAUCAACAAAUCUGGAAACCGCUCAGAGAGAGAAGUCAGAGCAGCUGCUCUUGUGUUGCAGACCAUCUGGGGGUAUAAAGAGUUGCGGAAACCACUGGAGAAGGAAGGGUGGAAGAAGUCUGACUUCCAGGUGAAUCGGAAUAACACCGCUAGAAAUCAGGGUGGCAACUCCUUUGAUGACAGCACCUUGCCCCUCAUUGAUAAGAACCAAAAAGGAGACAAGAAAUCUUCCCGAGAGGAAAUCCAGAUGGGCAACAUGGGGCCAGAUAAUUACUCUACACUGAAUGAACGGGACCAUAAUAGGACUUUGGACAGAUCUGGAGAAGUAAUGGAAUCUAUGAAGGGAGCACCACUGAUGCAGAAGAUCUAAAGUUGCCACCAUCUGCCUUCUCUGUUUUGGGUUUAUAACAUACUUUGUAUAACACUUCGUGGUGAAAUGGACUGACUCUUCUCUUUUUUUUAAUAAUCGCUUGGCACACAAGUCCAGCCACCCAGCCAAAUGACUGCCCCCUCUGAGCCCACAGGGCCUCACACCUCCCUGUAGAUGGCUGCGUGCAUCCAAUUCUCUGGACACUCUUUUUUGUCUGUUUUUCAAAAGCGCAGCAAUUCUUGAAGACCAAAUACUCUUAAUGAAUCUCACUAAAGCAAGUAAGGCAGAACUCUGUAAAAGUACAAGCUUCUUCUCAUCUACAGCAGAUGAUGGAAGCCACUGGUGCAGAUGGAUCUCAACUGAAAAUCUACCAUACUGGAACUAGUUUUUUCUUAAAAGGAGGUGUCUUCUCUCUUCAUAGAGAAGUGAAGAGAAGACCAGUCUCCUUCUUCUCUUAGCCUAUAGAAUAUAUUUUUGUGUGUGAUUCAUUUUUUUUGCAACAAAGGAUGCUGGGAGUACUGGAACAUUCCUGGUGGUGGUGGUG